UUAAUUUAAUUUUUUGCUGUUUGUGCAGUUGUCAUAAGUUUGUGUAGACAACACACCACCCAUGCCCACUAGACUAAGAAUUUAUAGCCCCUCCCUAAUGUACACAACUGACUCAAGUUUGGCUGUUUGUGAAUGCUCAAUUGCCCAUCUCCCCUCAACCAGAGCUCAUCAUGCUAUUAUCAAAGGAAAGCAAAGCUUUGUUCUUGCUCUAUCUACUUGUUUCAGUUCAAGCUGUCAACAGCUAUGACCAAAUUAAAGUUGCCCAGUCCUACAAAGAUCAAACUGUGUGUCCUAAGCAUUGCAGACAAUACAACAAUGACCCGGCAGGUUAUGUUAUUUUAAAAGUGGCCAUAGCUGGAGCUGGCGGAGUAGCAGUUGUAGUGGCAGCUCCAGUUCUAUUGGUUAAACUAGGAUUUACGGCUGGUGGGAUUGCUGCUGGUUCCUUUGCUGCCAAAUUAAUGGCUUUACUGGCACCUACAAAAGCUGGUGGAGUAGUUGCUUUACUUCAGUCUUAUGGAGCUGCUGGCAUAACAUUUUCAGUAAAAGCUUGGUUGUUCAGUAUUUUUUCAUUUAUUACUGGAGGGCUUACUACUAUCUUGGAGUCAUUCUGGGAAUGGUUUAAUGAGUCGGACGACUAUAAAAAUCCGUGCUGCUGUAGCUCCUGCCCUUUUUGAUGGCCAGAUUCAUACAACUAGUUGACAGUUAUGACAUUAACCUUAUCCUUUAGACUGUUGUUACAUGAGUUUUCCCUUAUUAUAUACAGUUUUUUCUAUAAUCUUAUUUGACUGAUACUUUGUUAAAUUAAUCUAUAGCAUUACCAAUAGAAUGUAUUGGGCAUAAAAUGAACUGUUAUCAAAAUCACU